AUGGAGUUAGUAAAACACUCUUGGAGAAAAUAUUUAUUAGUGUACAACUCGCAUUUAAGUCCACUAGUGCGACAGCGAGUUGAGAGUAAAAUUAUUCAGAAAGCGUUUCUGUCAAGCUCCUCGGAGAAAAAAAGUGACAAGCUGACAGAUGAUGAUGUAAUUUUCAACGCGAUAGGCGCAACUGAUGAACUGUCCUCCUACAUUGGGCUCGCACGUGAGUUCGCUUGUGAGACUACUGUUCAGCAUCCUUAUGUUGAUAAACUCAAGCGGGUCCAGAUGAUUUUGUUUGAUAUCAAUAACGCAAUCACCAGGAUACAGAAAUCUAGUAAGAUUAAUUCUUUUAAGACUAAACACACCCAGGAUCUUGAAGAGUGGAUCACUGAGUAUGCUAAUCAGUUACCUCCACCGGAGGAUUAUAUUAUACCGCGAGCGGAAAGAAGCAUAACCCCCCUAGUCUACAACGGUUUCUUGGACAAAGAGACCCAAAAUUACCUGCACCGUCUCUCGGAGUUCUUAUUCACAGUCUCGCGAAUCGCUGCCAAGUGCGACCAGCGUACAGAAAGCAUUUACAUCCCGCCUGCGGAGGUCCAAGAGAAAUAA